CGAAAUGUUGAAACACGUACAGUUUUAAGCAACGUUAAUACAAUGCGAUUAAUCGUGCUGAUUUUAGGUUCGCUACAACAAUAAUUAGAAAACAUGACUACACGUAGGCAUUAUCUGACGAUGUCAUCAACCGAACAGCAAGUCGUCACAACGAUGUUGGGUGAUGUCGGACAGGCUUGGACGUGCCUUUACACAUAGUAUAUACCAUACACAUGUAUAUACCAGGAUGAAACAAUACUGUUAUACGGAGAUGGCUAACAACCAACAGAAAAACAGAGACAUUUUGGUGGGAAAAAAAGAGAUCGCUUACAAGGGCUAAAUAGCUGAAUAAAUUAACUAACGGAUGCCUGACGCGUAUGGAUGGAUGUGUGGAUACGACUGGGGAUAAAAGUUGAUAACGUCUUUAUCAUCGUUUCGUCAUGAAUCACACCCCAGCUUUCAUUUUCAACAUGAAUCACAGCGCAGUCGUCGUAUAUACAGCUGGCAACCAUAACAUCGCAGUUUAUUUGGUAAGUUCUAUUUGUUUGCUUAUAGAUAGCACCUGCAAAGUUUUUCAAUGUGGACGUAUAGAUGUUUUUCGCAUGUUUACUUCUACUGAAAAUAUAUUUUAGUCCUCAAUGCGAAUGAAAAGAGUCCUCUAAUAUCCGCAAAGCUCUGAUCGAACGAGGAGAACAACAUAUAGACCAUUUUAUAUUACACAACUUUUGCCUAAAACUGUCGCAUGCAACCUGCUUACAACUCGAAUUGUACUGUGUAAAUCAAACAUACAACUCGCUUACGUUGUUGUAGGUGAGUUGUGUGUUUGAUUUACACAGUACAACUCAAGUUGUAAGCGGUUUGCCUGCGACAGUUUUAGGCAAAAGUUGUGUGGUGUAAAUCGGCCUUAUGAAAGUACCAGCUUAUAAGCUGAGCACACGCGAACGAGAGUGGCAACUCUCAUCAACUUUCGGCCUUGCUUGGCCGAGGUUUAAUAUACAUAGAAAUGAGCAUAGGUAAAGCCAAAGUAUCGUGAAUUCUAACUAGGAUGUUUGUAUCAUGCAAAAUAGAUUUGCAAUAAUAUCCAAACUUAUAUAAUCAUAUAACUGUAUUUUUUUAACUCAGAUGGUUAGCUAUAUAUUAUACAUUAACAUUAUAAUUAACGACUUAAUAUUGCAGUUUUUAUGUAUAAGACAUAAAAUUAUGUGGUACUCAAGGGCAUGUAGGUACUAAACUUCCCGCCAAAGCACAUUUCAAUUUAAUUCUAUUUUGUGUUCACAAUUCAAUCUAAAUGUUACGUAUAAAGUUAAUUUCCCAUUCAACAGAUAUAUUUAAGACCAUAUAUUAUUCUAUAUUUAUCCAAUGUUUAGAAAAUAUUAAACAGCAUUGUAUAAAUUUAUUUUCUGAAAAACAUUCCUUUACCUCAGCUGAACAGAUUAUUAAUAAAUGACAGUAUACUGUGAAAAGUUUAAAAUAAAGAAUAUAAGAUUGCCAUUUCCUAUGGCUGCAGUGAAAAUGUAACACAUAAAACAUUACUGAACAAUUUAACAAUUGACCUGUUUUUUGCAUUAGUUGCUUAAAGACAAAAUUUAAAGUCUAAUACUUAUUUCCCCACAACAAGCUAUAAUAAAAUUGAAGGAUAUAAUAAAAUUAUACAGAUGCAGAAUACAAUAAAAAUUAACAUCUAUAUGUAAAGGCUCCUAUUGCUUCACUAAAAGAUAAGUGCAUUUUAUUCCAUUCCACAGGUUUGAAGAUUUGGUAUUGCCUAGUUAUAUUAUCAGUUGCAAAGGCACAUUGCACUAAACCUUCCCAAAGCUAUUUAUUAAUACAUAGAGUUAAGAUCAGAAGAUUCUGUGAUGAUAAUUGGGUAACUGCAUGAUACCCAAAAUUCCCUAUUCAAGGUGCUAUUUUUGUUCCAUUCAGCCCAAAGAGGUCCAGGUUAAAUCAGCCAAAGGUCCUGAUUAGAACUCUCCAUGUUUGAUGUAUAGAUUUCAAAUGACUCAUUAUGCUUUUUUUCUUCAGCAGAUCACACAGAAUAUUGUGAAAAAUCAACAAAAUCAGUCACAAAAUGGCUGGUUAUGAAGGCUGUGGAAGUCCCACCCCAAGUGAGCACGAACACAAUGACGAUAAAAACGAAGACAACAUUACGGAACAUGAAGAAGAGGCGCAAGAGGACAAUGAUACUCAAGCGGAUGAAACGAUGAAUGACGGUGAACCAAACGAGAGUUCCCCACAAGACAACAACGACAUGAACCCUGGGAAUGAAGCAGAUAGCGCACAAGGCUUACCAGAGAGUGAAGAUGCUGAAAUGGCACAACCAGCACACGUUGGAUCAGAUUCUGACAUCAUGGCGCACGACCCAGAUGCUGAUCUUGAUUUAGAAGAGUUGUUAGGUGGUAUGAUUGUUGCAGUACUUGAUUAUGACAAUGGACAGAUGGAGUUGCUGGUGAUGUCUAUUGAUUCAACUCCAGCAACCCCAGAACUUUAAUUUCAUAAUAUAUUUAUACAUGCGCUAGCUUAGUUAAUUACUGUAAGCUAAUAAUUACUCUCAGACUGUGUCAAUAACGUUUACUGGUCAUGGACUACAGAAAUUGGAUAAUGUAAAACAGGGAACAGUAACUUUCUAUCAGGUUAUGUGUCACUAAUAAUUAGCUGGCUUAAGUUUCGAAAAAUUAAUAAAUGUUCUCUUGAGAAUAUGCCGUUUGGGUGUAUUUUGUAUCGUAAAAGAGCUACCAUACACUUGUCUGUCUUUGCGUGAUAAUUUAAUGCAUGUAGUCAUCCAC